ACGGGUUUCUUACUCCUCAAAGCGAAAACAACAUCUCCGAUGGCAACAAAAACAUACCGCUGUCAGGGACCAACAACUUCGCGAGAACUUGUUUACAUGGUUUGGUAAUCAUGCACACCGCAAAGUGCAAUCCCGUUCGCCGGUUGCUAGGAUAUUUAGCGGUCGAUUCGAUCGCAAGCAGCUCGUUCCGCAAGAUAGAUCGUACGUAUUGCUAUAAAGCCGUUAAUAGGCGGGCUGUGACCGAGCUUAAAAAUCUCCGGCGUGACCUUCCGGCCGACCGGCAUGGAGCCGGCAGUAACCAGAGACCGCUGGCGGAUCAGCUGCAGGCACGGAUCCGAGCGACAGGUCCGAUCACCGUGGCCUCUUACAUGAAGGAAGUGCUCCUGAAUCCUUCGGCAGGAUAUUACAGCACGAAGGACAACGUGCUCGGCAGUGGAGGCGACUUUAUUACAGCUCCGGAAAUUGGCCAAAUCUUCGGUGAGCUGAUUGCCGUGUGGUGCGUAAAUGAGCUGCAAAAGUUCAACUAUGAUGGACACAUCCAGUUGAUUGAACUCGGACCAGGCCGGGGGACGCUGAUGCAGGACGUUUUACGUGUCUGCGAACAGUUUGGGUACACCAAGGACCGCAUCGGAGUACAUCUGGUCGAGAUGAGUGCACAGCUUCAACACACCCAAGCCGAACGUCUCUGUAAUGGGCAGAUAGAACGUGGAGAACCGAGCGAACCUUAUGUGCAACGGGGAACGACCUCCAGCGGUAUUGAGGUGCGCUGGUACUCGGAUAUAGUGGAGGUUCCCAAGGGUUUCACCGUUGUUAUUGCGAACGAGUUUUUCGAUGCACUACCAGCGCACGUAUUCUGUAAAGAGGUCACAGAAGGCGAUGCAGGCGGAGCUUCUUGGAAGGAGGUGUUGAUCGAUAUUAAUCCGGCGGCAACAAACGGACCGGGAUUCCGUUUUAUACAGUCCAACAAAGCCACCCCAUACUCAGUAGUGUUUGGGAAGCGAUUCAACGAAAAGGACCAUCUACUUCAGGGUCGCAAUCGGGUGGAGGUGUCCUUUGAGAUGGAACAAAUAGCACAGAAUCUAGCACAGCGAUUCAACGAUCAAGGAGGCUUCGGUCUGAUCAUCGACUACGGUCACGAGGGAGAUAAGAUGGACACUUUCAGGUCAUUUAAAGAACACAAACUACACGAUCCACUAGUGAAUCCGGGUGUGGCCGAUCUGACGGUGGAUGUCGACUUUGGCUUUCUGAAGCAUUUCCUUCAGCAGGACGAUAAGGCCAUCGCGCUGGGUCCCGUAUCUCAGGGUGCGUUUCUCAAAGCCAUGCAAGGUGCAGCUCGUUUAGAGAACCUUUUGAAAGCAACAACAGAUGAAGCUCGCCGAAAGAUGCUCGUCAGUGGGUAUGACGAGCUUACGAAUCCAACAAAGAUGGGUGAACGCUUCAAGCUGCUUUCCGUAUUUCCGGCCACACUGAAGCAGCAUCUGCAAACGGCCAACAACGUGAUAGGAUUUGAUAGUCAACCGAAAUCACAGGUGUAAGGAAGCUGAGCAGCAAAUCGAUCGCGAAAUACACGAUUAGUUUGAGUGAAGGA